AAAUAAUUUGAGGAUCAAUGAAGCUCUGUCACAUUCUUUCAGCAGAUCAGUAAAUUGAACUUCAUAUUCCACCACAAUGCCCUACGUUUCUGGAGGUCGUGUUCACGACUCACGCCCUAUUGAUGGACUUGGUUCAGUUAAAGACUUAUUUUGGGGUGUUUUAAACUUCUGCUAUUUAUUUUUCCUGUCCUUAGUAUCGCCAAGCAGUUCGCCGUCUAGAAUAGGAGGAAACGGCCAGAGCGCUCCAAAGGCUCCUAAAAGGAGAAUGGGAGGUUUCGGUGGGGGUAGAGGCUCAGGUCCGACGCCUCCUCCUAUGGGUGGUGGAGGAUGAGGAAGGUAAACAGUCGGCUGGUUCAACUAGCAGUCCUGUUGUCAGGUUCUGUUAGCUACCCAGCGGGCUGUCUGGCUGCAUCACGUGAUAGGGAGUUCUGCGGAGGGAACAACUUGCGGAGGAGACUUUGGGACAACUUACUUGCCGUGGUAGAUUACAAUUUAAUUACUGAGCUAAUCACGAUGAAGUUAUUAUUUACCUAAUUAACAUACUAUAACACUGGGUUACCCGGUUGUGGUAUGGCAGGUAUUGUGACAUCAACCUGUUCGUCAUAUCCCGGAUUAAUGGGCCACUCUGUAAUUGUAUUUACAUGGUACUACUGCAGCACGAGUCUUUAACUCGGUUUUAUCCAAUUAAAUAAAUAUGUUAGAUGGGACUUUCCCUUUUGCUUUGAGCAGCCAAUCUCAGUUCGUGAUGGGGCUAUUUAUGACACGAUUCUUGUAAACCAGAUAUCUGGCCAAGGAUAGUUGAUAUUGCCUCGUCAAAAUACACAUGGACAAUUUAUUUGAUUUUUACCAGAUAAUCUUUAAAACUGACGUUUUUUCACUUGUAGUUAUUAUAAUGCUGUGAUUUGAUGAUUUGAUUUCAGUUUAAAUUCUUACUUCAAGUUGAUGAGAGUUGAUUAGAGAUAAUUUGAGAUAUAAUUUGUAAUAAACCCUUAAUAUUAAAAAAUCUAGAAAGCUUUAAAA